AUGAGAGAGAGACGCACUGCAUCCGGGGGGCGAGGGGCGAGAGAAAGACGCACGGCGUCCGGGGGGCGAGGGGCGAGAGAGAGACGCACGGCCUCCGGGGGGCGAGGGGCGAGAGAGAGACGCACGGCGUCCGGGGGGCGAGGGGCGAGAGAGAGACGCACGGCGUCCGGGGGGGCGAGAGAAGGACGCACGGCGUCCGGGGGGCAGAGGCGAGAGAGAGAUGCACCUCAUACGGGGGGCGAGGGGCGACAGAGAGAUGCACGGCAUCCGGGAGGCGUGGGGCGAGAGAGAGACGCACGGCGUCUGGGGGCCAGGGGCAAGAGAGAGACACACGGCGUCUGGGGGGCCGAGACAGAGACGCACAGCGUCCGGGGGGCGAGGGGUGAGAGAGAGAUGCACGGCGUCCGCACGGCGAGGGGCGAGAGAGAAAGGCACGGCGUCCGAGGGACGAGGGGCGAGAGAGAGACACACGGCGUCCGGGGGAUGAGAGACGCACUGCAUCCGGGGGGCGAGGGGCGAGAGAAAGACGCACGGCAUCCGGGGGGCGAGGGGCGAGAGAGAGACGCACGGCGUCCAGAGGGCGAGGGGCGAGAGAGAGACACACGGCGUCCAUGGGGCGAGGGGCGAGAGAGAGACGCACGGCGUCCGGGGGGCGAGUGGCGAGAGAGAGACGCACUGCGUCCGGGGGGCGAGGGGCGAGAGAGAGACGCACGGCGUCCACGGGACGAGGGUCGAGAGAGAGAGACACAGCGUCAGGGGGCGAGGGGCGAGAGAGUGACGCACGGCGUCCGGGGGGCGAGUGGCGAGAGAGAGACGCAAGGUGUCCGGGGGGCGAGGGGCGAGAGAGAGAUGCACAGCAUCCGGGGGACGAGGGGCGAGAGAGAGAGGCACGGCGUCGGGGGGGCGAGAGGCGAGAAAGAGACGCACGGCGUCGGGGGGCGAGGGACAAGAGAGAGACGCACGGCGUCCGGGGUUCGAGGGCGAGAGAGAGUCGCACGGAGUCCGGGGGCCGAGAGAGAGACGCACGGCGUCGAGAGAGAGACGCACUGUGUCCGGGGGGCCAAGAGAGAGAUGCACUGA